AUGCCCCGCAAGGAUUUGGUGUCCUGGAACAUUACCAUCCAGGUGUUCGUGGAAGAAUAUAUGAUCCAGGAGGCCGAGCAUGCGAUGGAUCUCGUGCCACAGCACAGCGUUGUCGCGUGGAACUCGAUGAUUUCCACAUAUGCCCAGAGGGGGCAGUUUCAAGAGUCUUGGGAUCUCUUCCAUCACCCGGCGUUGGAGAGAGAUCGGCUGUCCUGGAACACAAUGCUGGUGGCGCUUUUGGCGUCCGGAGAAAUCGAGAAGGCCAGCGGCGUCUUCUCGAGGAUGCCAAUGCGAGAGAUCCUCUCCUGGAAUGCGAUGAUCGCUGCUUACGGACGGAUUGAUGCCGGUGCUGCCAAGAACAUCUUCGAUCAGGCGCUGGAGAGGGAUAUCAUCGCUUGGAACACGCUGCUCCGGGUGUGUGCUCGAUUCGGCCUCCUUGACAGCGCUAGGGAGGCCAUGGAAAAGAUGCCCCUCUGGGACCCCGUCUCCUGCACGACGAUCCUUGCGGCACACACGCAGAGGGGGGUUCUUGCCGACGCCAAGAAGAUCUUCGAUGCCGUGCCGAGAAAUCUCUUCUCCUGGAAUGCGAUGCUCGCCUGCUACCUCCAGAAUCGCGAGGUCGGGGCCGCCAUGGGGAUUCUUGCCGAAAUGCCGGAGAAGGAUGUGAUCACCUGGAACACGAUGAUCGCCGGCCUUGCGGUGAACGGGCACCUCGCCGACGCCAAGGCGAUCUUCGAUUCCAUGGCGAGCCGCGACGCGACGAGCUGGGGAUCGAUCGUGGCGGCGCUCGCGGAGGACGAAUCGUCGAUCGAGGAAGCCCUAGCGGCAUACCGGCGGAUGCCGCAGCACGACCUUUGUUCUUGGAACGCGCUCAUCGCGAAGGAUAUUGCCGCCGCGAGGGGAAUAUUCGACGGCGCCAAAGAGAGAAACGUUGUGACGUGGACGUCUCUGAUCGUCGCCACCUGUCGCGUGGCGGACGGCAUCGGUGGCGCCGAGGAUAUCCUUGAGAGAAUGCCCGCCUGGGACGUUGUGUGCUUGAAUGUGAUGAUCGGAGCUCACAGCCAGUGUGGGAAUUUCGACAGGGCGAAAGAGAUCUUCGAUGGAUUGCCCGAGAGGAGCCUGCAUUCCUGGAACGCGAUGCUCCAGAUCGCAAGCGUGGAAGAGGAACAGGGCGAUUGCUACUGCGAGGGAACGAGAGAGAUUUUCUUCGAUCGAAUGCCCGCUAGAGAUGUUGUGUCGUGGACGAUCCUCCUCGCGGCAUUUGCCCAGCAAUCUCUCCUCGCGGAAGCAAAGAGGGCUUUCGAUCUGGCGCCCCAGCGAAGCUUGAUCACCUGGAAUGUGAUGCUCGGGAUCUAUGCAUCUGCUAGCGCCAUCGAUCCAGCGAAAGAGAUCUUCCAAUUUAUGCCGGAGAGAGAUAUCGUCUCGCAAAACUCCAUCGUUGCAGCAUUUGCCCUGAGUGGGCAAAUCGAUGAAUCCCUCCAGUUCCUCGAGAGAAUGCCGCAGCACAACGCCGGAUCGUGGAACUCGCUGCUGCUGGGCUGCGCCCAUCAUGGCGUCCUCGACCGAUCCAAGCAGUUCUUCGCCAGGGUCCCAAACAAGAACAUCGUCUCCUGGAACGCGCUCCUGGAUGCCUGCGCGCGAAACGGGCAGGGCGAACUCGCGAUCGAGAUGCUGCGCGAGCUCUGCCUGGAUGGAUCAUCGCUGCCGGAUGGGAUCUCCUUCACGCACGUCUUGGCCGCGUGCACACACAUCGGAUCUCUGGAGAUUAGCCGGAGUUUCUUUGUGUCUCUCGCGCAGGACUAUGGAUUGAUCGCCGACAAAGAACACUGUUGCUCCAUGGUGGACGUCCUCUGUCGAUCCGGGCAGCUUGGAUUCGCGGAGGAGCUCAUAAACUCGGUGCCACUCCUUGGAUCCGACAAUGUCGCGCUGGGAAGCUUGCUCGCUGCUUGCCACACUCACCACGAUCUGGAGCGAGCGUAUAGGGCGCUUCCUGGCGAUCACACGAGCUCGUCACACUACGUGAUUCUUUCCAAUAUCUUGACAAGCAUUUGA